AUGUUCGGGAGAAAGGAGCUCACAAAGUUGAAGCUAUACCCUCGGCAGCGGCAAUCCGAUGGGGAAGUGAAGCUGUCGGUCUUGGCAUUCUGGAAAUUUCUCUCUCUCCUCCGCAACAUCAAGAGCCUUGCUCCCCUCCUCGACCGCGUCCUGGUCCAGCGCAUCAAGCCCGAGACCAAGACCGCCUCCGGUAUCUUCCUUCCCGAGAGCAGUGUCAAGGAGCAGAACGAGGCCAAGGUCCUCGCCGUCGGCCCCGGUGCCGUCGACAAGAACGGCUCUCGCCUUCCCAUGAGCGUUGCUCCCGGUGACCACGUCUUGAUCCCUCAGUUCGGUGGAAGCGCCGUCAAGGUUGGUGAGGAAGAGUUCACUCUUUUCCGGGACCAUGAGCUCCUUGCCAAGAUUAAGGAGAACUAG